CGACCACAAUAUCUAGAGGCAAGAGGCACAACGCACGAUGCCGUGGUACGAUGCCGAUAGUUGGCUCAGCAGGGCCUGGGGCCCCUACUUGUCUACGAUCAUAAUAACUUUGAUCAUAACCUUGACAGUACCCAUCGUCCUGCACCUGUUUCUUUACAAGUCACGCACCAUCACCACCACGCCCACGUUUCUUGUUGUAGGACCUAGUGGUUCCGGAAAGACUGCACUUGUGACAAAACUCGAACGAGGCACCGCAGCGUCAACGCACACCUCUCAGGUUCCUCUUACGGUGAAAGCCAACUUGCCCAACUCAGUUACGCCAUCCAGCGCCAAAUACCGCAGCGCGAACGACUUCGAAGCAAAGCAGCCGAAAUCAGUAUUUCUUCAAGACACACCCGGACAUGGCAAGCUGCGGUACCACGCGUUCUCGUCCAUAUCCGCACUCGCUUCCUCUAAGUCGGCUAGCGCGCGUAACGUCAUUUUCGUCGUCGACGCCGCAGACCUCAGCGCCGCCAGCGCCGGACUAAGAGAAGCGGCCGAGUACUUGUAUGACGUCCUGCUGUCGCUGCAGAAAGCGUACGAGAACGCGUCGACGAGCAAGAGCAGAGAAGUGCACUUUUUGAUCGCAGCAAACAAGAUGGAUCUGUUCACGGCAUUGCCUACCGACGUGGUCAAGAGGAGUUUGGAGAGAGAGUUGAGUAGCCUGAGGGAAACAAAGGCACGAGGCAUCUCUGCCGUGAGCACCGUUGGAAAUGGUGAAGGAUUGGGCGGAGAGGCGGAAGAGGAAGAGGACAGGAGUAUAUUGGGGGGCAUGGCGGAAGGCGACUUCAAGUUUGCAGGCAUGCAAGAGUACGACGUGCACGUCGACGUUGUCGGAGGCAAUGUAGUUGGCGAGGAGGGUCCCGGGGUCGACGGCUGGUGGGAAUGGAUCGCGCAGCAAAUGUAAUAGUCAUCUGCCCGCGCAACCGUCCCCAUUUAUUGAACUCUCAAAUGCACGGAUGACACACGCCAGCGUACUGUCUGGCACACACCGAAUUUCACACAAUAGCCGCAACGUUGCGUCGCUCUCAGGAACAUCCUGGACCUAGACGUGUUCUUUGCUCCUUUAGCAGCCGACCAAGUCACAGCCGUGCGUUGCCAGACAAUGGCGAUACCGAUGAUUUCUCGCGUCACUAUAGGCCCUAUGAGAUGCUGGAAACACGUCCCGCCACCGGCGGCUGAGAAGAUGCCCUGCCUCCCCUGAGGUUUUCUCGUUUUUGGACUCAGCUCAAACGGAGCCUGGAAUGGCGAUGGCAUUCGGAAUCGGAGGAAGACGUACAACAAAGACGACGAGAAUCCUCGGAUGCAGGACGCGGACGUACGUGUGCCAGAAACAAGACGUCUUUUGAAAUCGUGCCUGCACCCCAAAGUGAAGCAACCACCACAUGUCCAUACCCCGUGCUUUCGAUCGGGGCCAAAAGUAGCAAUCACAGGUUUACUUGUAAGGAUAAGACUCGAAUGGCUCAUGAAAUUUGUCAAUGACCGCUCCCCUGAGGCUCGUCCGCUGGCAGAUCACGACGAUGGAAUGGCUAGGUCAGCGCAGCGCAAGAAAUUGCUCGUGGCAGCACGAACACGGCCCAAGGAGGCAAGACAUAAAGUACUCACUUUCAUGUUUCGUCGAAUGCUGCUAGGACAAAAUAACAGAACUCAAAGCACGCCAUGCAACGACGUCGAUAAAGUAUACCGAACUCGCACUCUCC